GACGGUUGUUGUCUCUCGCGUCUAGCAGCGGUGGAGGCCAUUGACUCAGCAGCGCCCCGCGGACAAUGUCAUGGGGCUACGAAGUGGAUGAUGCAGUCCGGGUCAGGAGAAAACGCGAGGUCCUCCGGCGAGGUGCGGCGCGCGUUGGACAGAUGGGCGUUCUUGCUGCCUCUGUCGGGUCUGGAGUCGACGCGCAUGUACUGAACAUCAGCUGCGGGCUCGCGCUGAGGACAGUGAUAGCGGCGUUCUGGAUCGUCUCUACGGUCCUCGAGAAGUUCGCCAUGUGGUUUGUGAUUAGGGCUUACGGUGUGGCGGUCUGGACGAUGAAGACGCUACUACUAAUACUUAAUUAGGUCGAGGCUACGUAUUAAGACACCAGCAGGAUCAAGCUGGAGAUGAUGGGAGGUGAUGGGAGGUGAUGGGACAAGAUGACAUGGGACAAGGAAUAUGAGGCAUCGGAUGCCCUCUAGAAAAGGAAAGAAAAAAGAAAGCAGAAGAAAUGUUUGGUCCCGAGUCGCAAGGUCCUGAUCAAAACAUUGUUAUUACGAGGGAGGACCCCAGUCUUCCCUUGAAGGCAUUGCCACACUGUGUCAAGUAUCUACCAAUUUGAAGGUCCGAGAAGAGGAUGUCACGGGAUAGUGAAACAGUCACACAGCACUGGAAUGACGAAGAAUCGAAAUGCGCUUCCGGAACUUCAUUGCUCCGCCAAU